CGUUUUCCAUUCGGGUCGGGUGGGUAGAACCCAAAUAAAGCUUGGCGGACCUAUAGGUACCCGUAGGUGGGUAAUUCCCGGGCCUACACAAAGGUCCUCACCCACGUCGUCAGCAAGGCUCGGAACGCGCCGGAUAAUUAUCACAAAAUUAGGAGCCAAAUCGAGGACAUCCGCACUGUCCUAAGCCAGCUGCAGCUCUUCGUAAUCGGAACAUCCCGUGCCUCGAGGUCGAGAACGUCGCUCAUCCUCGUGGACCAAGUCAUCAUUACACUCGCCGCUUGCGUCACGACAUUUUCGGAACUCAAUAGCUUUGCCCAGAGCCUCGAGUCCGAAGCUGACAUGGGCAUUCUGGAUCGGCUUCGUUGGCUAUCCAAAGAACAAGAGAUCAAAGACGUUCUGCAAAGACUGGAGUCGCAUAAGUCUUCGUUAUCGCUGAUGAUGACCAUCUUGUCCUGCCAAAAGCAGGACGACGCAGAAGACAAAGUGGACAGGCUGUGCGAUUUGGUGCAGCAAGCCCUAGGCCGUUACGAUUUCCUCAACCAAAGGCUCACUACGCUGGAGCUGCAAGGCCAUGGAAUCAACCCUAGCCCAACCACUCGGUAUCACCCUACGCUUCCGCCGCUGUGCGCAACGAGGGACAAUGGGGAUCAGAUUUCCGGAACAAAACGUCCUGGACCAACCGCGGAAAUUCGGGUCUUCGCCUUCGAAGAGCUGCUGAUGACCUCUCGCGCCUACCGAAACGCGUCUGGAGACGGCUCAGACUGUUUUUCCAUCAUGAGUUCGGCAGGCAGAACGGCAUCCUGGUCAAUGCUUUCGGGGCUCAGUCUAUCAGAAAUAUCGCAGAUCGCCAUUCUGGCUAUUCCCAUAUACGCUGGCGACAUCAGCAACAACGAGUCGUACGAGUUUGAGCCCCCGGCGGUCGAGCCCACGUCGAAUGUGGACACAGUACCCCCAUCGCGGCCUCCUCCGCAAGAGGCCAAAAAGUCUACACCUCGACGGCUCUUGGGAAAGCUCACUGGGAGCUACCUGCAGCGAUCACGCCCCAGGGUCGAGCUGCCUUUGAUGAUUUUCGGUGCGCCGUUAUACGACGGUCUCAACCACGCCAACGUAGCAAUUAGCCUGUCAGAGACCGACGACUGCGGGCCAAUUUACGGCUAUAUCCCUAUUGUCGUAGGAAAGACUGGGGUGUUUCUGAAAGAAAGUGGCACCGACGCUGUCGAUAUCUUUACCCGGAAUGGCAAUCCAACGCGCAUAAUGCAUCUCCAGUCGGUUUUUGACUCAUACCCGUACGGCAAGGGCCACUCAUGGAUAGGUUACACCGUCUACGACGCUGCCGGGUUGCUGCUGCGAUUCCUCAAGAGCCUCCCGGAGUCAGUCAUACCACGAGCUAACUAUGAAAGGUUCAGAACAACACUGGGAUCCUUUGCAAACCCUAAUUCUGCGCUAGACGAAGCACAGGAGAAGGAAUGCGCCAGCAGAGCCCAAGAAUUAUGCGUGGCACUUCCAGCGGUUAACCGCGCCUUGCUAUUCUACAUUUUGGACCUCAUGGACGUGUUUUCUUACCACUCAGAUGUGAACGGAGUGACGGCUGAGCGGCUGGCCGCAACGUUUCAGCCAUCACUGCUUUCCGGCCCACCGAACGUGAUGGACGGGGAGGCGCAUAACGCAGCUAUUGAGGUUAUCGCCUUGCUUAUUAGACUCGCUUCGAGAGAUCUGCUGCAAUACACAUGACUUGGCGCAUGGGUGGAGAAGGGCUCGAGAUACAUGGUAGCUGCUCGAGGGGCAUCGCGGUUAUGUCAAGACAGUCCGGCGCUGGGACGUGGUGACCGGCGCGACCCGGCAGACGCUCGAGACGCAUGGCACUUGUGACGGCGCCCGCCGUCGGGGUGCACACGACGGCAGCACCUGCCAUUGAGUGCACGUGCCCCGAGUCGUGGCCUUUUUUGGAGUCGUGUGAUGCGGGUAACCUAUUGCAGAAUUAAUCGAGAAGUGGUGUGUUGACAAGGUACUGGGUAGGACCAAAAUCAGGUUUGUGGUGCGUCUCACUGCAGAGAGCCCCUUGGUAGCGUAUGGAGUGGGAGGUAAAAGUACAUUGCAGAGCUCCCAUGACCAAGAGAAGAAAGCGAGUGUGUAUAUACAAAAGAGACCCCAGAAUGCUCCC